AUGGCGGACCUCCAUCAUCAUCAUCACAAUUUCUCUCUUUGCUUCUGCGAUUUCAUGAGGCUGAUGUGGUCCCUGGUGGUGCCUUGCCUGUUUAUGAGCAUGCUGCUGACCCUGCUCCUUUUCCUGCUUCUGUUGGGGCUCCGUGCGUGGCUGCAGGGCCGCCGGAGAGCGCAAGCGGGCAAAGGCCCGGUGGUAGCUUUCUUCCACCCAUACUGCAACGCCGGUGGUGGUGGGGAACGCGUCCUCUGGUGCGCUAUCAGGGCCCUCAUGCAUAGGUACCCUCAUGUCUCUUUGGUGGUCUACACAGGCGACCAAGGAGUGACGGGCGCUCAGAUUCUGGAGAAAGCCCAGCAGCGCUUUGACAUCCAGCUGCCUCGACUCGUCACCUUCAUCUUCUUGCACCGUAGAGCUUUGGUGGAGAGCUCGUCCUACCCUAACUUCACCCUGCUUGGACAGAGUGCUGGAUCAAUGCUCCUUGCCUGGGAGGCGUUAAUGGCGUAUGUCCCUGAUGUAUACAUCGAUUCAAUGGGCUACGCCUUCACGCUGCCCAUCUUUCGCUAUCUGGGCGGCUGCCAGGUGGCCAGCUAUGUCCACUACCCAACCAUCAGCACCGACAUGUUGACCGUCAUCCAAGACAGAAAACCCAGGUUCAACAACUCAGCGUGGAUCAGCGACAGCAUCGUGCUGAGCACGUUGAAGGUUUUUUACUACCGCGUGUUUGCUGUCCUCUAUGGGCUGGUGGGUUCGUGUAAUCACGUGAUCAUGGUCAACUCUACCUGGACACUGCACCACAUACUAGAGCUGUGGCGCUGCCCUGCUCGCACUGCUGUUGUCUACCCACCCUGUGGUGUCCAAGCAUUCAUGGACAAUGACAAAGAACCCCGAGAGGAGAAGUGGCGCACCAUUGUGUCAGUGGCACAGUUCCGUCCGGAGAAAAAACAACCAUUGCUGAUCCGAGCGUUUAGCAAGCUGCUGGCCCGCAGGCCUGAGGACUCUGCUCUACAGUUGGUUUUGAUCGGCAGCUGCAGGGAUGCCCAGGAUGAGGAGAGAGUGGCUGCCCUGCGUCAGCUCUGCAGGGAUUUGGGAGUGGAGGAACACGUGCAAUUCAAACUCAACCUACCCUUUCGAGACCUGAAGAAGCAGCUGGCGAGCGCUACCGUCGGACUGCAUGCCAUGACCAACGAACACUUUGGCAUCGGUGUGGUAGAGUGCAUGGCAGCUGGCGCAGUGGUGCUGGCACACAACUCGGGCGGUCCCAAGCUGGACAUCGUUGUCCCAUACGAUGGCGAGCGUACGGGCUUCCUGGCGGACAGCGAGGAUGACUACGCCGCCGGUAUGGACUCUAUUUUGACAUUGACACCGGAGCGCCUUGAUUGUAUCCGCCGCAACGCCCGUCAUGCUGUUCGGCGCUUCUCCGACAGGGACUUCCAUGCUUCCUUCUUGGCCGCGUGCGAGCCAAUUAUGAGCCGCCUUGAGGAAAAGCGGACUGUUGCUGAAAGAUUUCAGACAUUUGAAUGA